AUGAGGCCCCGAUUAGGAGACUGUUAUGAAUCCCCUGCUCAACUCAGGUUUGCUUUAACUAACUAUGCAGUCCAUGGAGGGUACCAACUUUAUUUUGAAAAAAGGGAUAGGGUGAGGGUUAUAGCUAAGUGUGGUAGUGGAACCAGGGACAACAAUGAUAAUAACAAAAUGCAGUGUCCAUUUAGGGUUGCAGCUGGAUGGAAAUACAAUGAAAGAACAUUCCAGAUAAAAUUUUGUAAUGAAAUGCAUCUGUGUGCUAGGAAUUAUCAUUUUGGUUCCUUAGUUACUAGCAGUUGGUUAGCCAAACACUAUCUGAAAGAUGUAAUCAUGGAGCCCAUGAUGACAUUGCUAGAGAUGCAAGCAGAUGUGCUACAAAGGUUUUCAGUGAGUGUAUCUCUUGGUCAAUGCCAAAUAGCAAGGGCUACUGCAAUGGGGAUGAUAGAAGGAAAAAGUAAUCUGGGGUUUAACUAUUUCAAAAGGUUUUAUGUUGGCUUUAAGGCUUUCAGAGAUGGAUGGAGCAGAGGAUGUAGAAGGGUAAUAGGACUAGAUGGUAGUUUCUUGAAGGGGCAGGUUAAGGGGGAGAUUUUAACUGCUAUUGGGAGGGAUGUAGACAAUCAUGUCUACCCAAUAGCAUGGGCAGUUGUGAAUGUUGAGAAUAAGGACAACUGGACCUGGUUCAUUGAUAAUUUGGUUGCUGAUUUGGAUCUUGGUGCUGGCAAUGGAUUGCUUGUUAUCUCAGACCAACACAAGGGACUUUUACAAGCUGUGGCACACCUACUCCCUCAUGUUGAGCACAGACAAUGUGCUAGACACAUCUUUGCAAACUUUAGAAAGAAAUUCACAGGAUUAGAGCUAAAGAUUUUGUUCUAG